GGACAAUGAGCCACAGGGAAGUGAGGCCUACAGACCUGAGGCCUAAGAAGCAGAGACUCCACGUCACCAGGCCCAGGACAAACCACAUGGCGCAAUCCUUCCACAACAAGGCUAAAGAACUGAGCGCGAUGAGGGUAAAUCCGGAUCUGGACUCCUUUCCCACCGUCAGCAGAAGAACCGAAGGAGAAGAAGCGCCUGUCCAACAACCAGAACAGGGUGGAAGCUCUGAUACCACAGCAGCUGGAGGACACAGAUCACAGCAUGGACGCCUCAACGACUCCCACAACGUCUGCAGCCAUCACGUUCUGGGCUCAUUAGAUGAACCAGCUACUACAAGCCCUGCACCAGCAGGAAAAGACUGUGUCUGAAGCUUCAGAGGCCGUGAAACUGUCAUACACGCGUGUGUGUCUGACACAGACACCUGCUUAUGACAAUCAGCAAAGGAAAACAAGGACAGAGCAACAGUAGAGUGAGAAGACGUGCUCUGACACAGACACUGGUUAAAACAACAGGAGAGGCUUCAGACGUGAUCGGCCCAAAAGAGCUGCAUCUGAGGAUCCAGGAAAGGUCUGUCAUCGAGGAACAACUGUCCCAUUGAAAGGCUUCACCCACUGGCGCUCACAUCAGACUGAUGGUUGGGGAAGGAGGAAGGUGACGGUUCCUUUUCACGUGACGUACAAGACGGUACCGCAACACACACACACACAUUCAUACACGCAAUGAAGAAACACGCUUACAGCUGAUACACGCUCAAAUUCAUGUUCAUGCUUAUCUGCUCGCAAUGAAGAAUCGCUUUUUGCUUAAAAAAAAAAUCCCACAGAGUGAUUUUCAAAUUAUGACAAACAGCUAAAUGACAACUUGUCAGUAACGGCAUAUAAAAAGGACCCAAAUGCACAGCGCCAGGACACGAUGCAGAUGGUGAAAAAGGUGGGUUUAUUCCAGAAACGAAGUCACAAGGCAGUCCAGGUCAUACACAGGUGUCAAUACGGGAAAAGGCUCAGGUCUCAGAAUCCAAAUCGGCAGGCUUAGACAGGUCAUAAAACAGGCAGUGGUCAAUAACGGAACGAAGACUUACAGGGUCGGUAAGGAGCUGCGGGAACGUGAGAGUCAGGAAUCAGUAAACAACGAUCUGGCGGAGAACUAAUGUGACAGGUGGUGGUUAAAUACACGGAGUAGAUCACUGAUACAAAACAGGUGAGUGUAAUGAGGACCGGGAGUGAAGCGGGAAUAAGACCGGAAACUGGGAUCAAAAACAGAAGAGUCCUUUCAAAAUAAAACCAAGAACGAAAACCUGACAGUACCCCUCCCUCUAGGGCGUCUUCCACGGCGCCCACAGAAGCCCCCCCCCCGAACCAGGGCGGGCGGAGGGUGGACACAGGAGGAGGGACCGAAUCCCUCCCCUUCCAGGCAGACAAGCAGGGUGGGUGGAGGGAGGACCGGGGGAGGGUCAAAACAAGAGUCCACAGAACCGAAACCGAAAGUCCAUGACCGGGAGAACAGAGUCCAGGGGUCUCUAACGAGGGUGGAAGCAGGAGAGUCCCAGGAUCGUGGUGGGCGACGGCGGCAGAGGCUCCGCCAUCGUUGUGGCAGGAGGGGACUCACCCCAGGCGAACGGCCGUGGCGGUGGCGGGGUCGAGGCGGACGGCGCCGCAGGAGGCAGCGCCAUCCAGGCAGCAGGAGAAGCCGAGGGCGAGGCCACCCGUUCGGCCGAUGAGGCGGGAACAGUCGUGCAGAUGCGGCCGGCGCCGGACCGCCAGGAACCGGUGCAGGUGCGGCCGGCGCCGGGCCGCCAGGAACCGGUGCAGGUGCGGCCGGCGCCGGGCCGCCAGGAACCGGUGCAGGUGCGGCCGGCGCCGGGCCGCCAGGAGCCGAUGCAGGUGCGGCCGGGACCGGGCCGCCAGGAGCCGAUGCAGGUGCGGCCGGGACCGGGCCGCCAGGAGCCGAUGCAGGUGCGGCCGGGACCGGGCCGACCCCCUCCUCGAGGUCCGCCGGGACUGCGGCUGGCGCGACCCCCUCCUCGAGGUCCGCCGGGACUGCGGCUGGCGCGACCCCCUCCUCGAGGUCCGCCGGGACUGCGGCUGGCGCGACCCCCUCCUGGAGGUGCGCAGGAACUGCCGCUGGCGCGACCCCCUCCUGGAGGUGCGCAGGAACUGCCGCUGGCGCGACCCCCUCCUGGAGGUGCGCAGGAACUGCCGCUGGCGCGACCCCCUCCUGGAGGUGCGCAGGAACUGCCGCUGGCGCGACCCCCUCCUGGAGGUGCGCAGGAACUGCCGCUGGCGCGACCCCCUCCUGGAGGUGCGCAGGAACUGCCGCUGGCGCGACCUCCUCCUGGAGGUGCGCAGGAACUGCCGCUGGCGCGACCUCCUCCUGGAGGCCGGCGGGCGCUGCGGCUCCGAGGGUGACAGGGACUGGAACGACCUCUCUCGGGCCGACAGGAACGAGGACUGGAACGACCACCACAGGGCCGACAGGAACGGGAACGGCCGCUACAGGGCCGACAGGAACCGGACCAGGGGCAGGAACGGCAUCAACUUGGCCGACAGGGACUGGAACGGCAUCUACUUGGCCGACAGGGACUGGAACGGCAUCUACUUGGCCGACAGGGACUGGAACGGCAUCUACUUGGCCGACAGGGACUGGAACGGCAUCUACUUGGCCGACAGGGACUGGAACGGCAUCUACUUGGCCGACAGGGACUGGAACGGCAUCUACUUGGCCGACAGGGACUGGAACGGCAUCUACUUGGCCGAAAGGGACUGGAACGGCAUCUACUUGGCCGACAGGGACAGGAACGGCAUCUACUUGGCCGACAGGAACGGCAUCUACUUGGCCGACAGGAACGGCAUCUACUUGGCCGACAGGAACGGCAUCUACUUGGCCGACAGGAACGGCAUCUACUUGGCCGACAGGAACGGCAUCUACUUGGCCGACAGGAACGGCAUCUACUUGGCCGACAGGAACGGCAUCUACUUGGCCGACAGGAACGGCAUCUACUUGGCCGACAGGAACGGCAUCUACUUGGCCGACAGGAACAGGAACUUCACUAGAGCCGGCGGCGCUGCUCUCAGGCUCCUCACAGGAGCCGGCAGGGACUGAAACGGCGUCUCCUCUGGAGCUGGCAUGGCUACUUGCCGCUGCCGAGCUCGACGGAGCAGACGUCGGGCCUGAUCGGGUGUG